AUGGUGAAAGCAACUAACGAAAAAAAAAACACUGAGGAUAAUGGAAAAAAUAAUAACAAUGCAAAAGGAGCAAAUGAUAAAGUUAAUAAAAAAAAAGGAAUGAAUAAAGGAAAAACUGUGGUCAAAAAAACAAUAAAUAAAAAUUCAAACAUGAAAGCAGACAACUUUUCUCAGAAAAAAAUCCAAAAGAUGACAACUUCCAUUCGUUUUAAAAGAAAAAAAACCUUAAAAUUAAAGAAAAAUCCAAAAUGCCCCAAAAUUCUCAAGUCGUGUUAUAAAAAGACUUUAGAUAAAUAUGGUAUAAUAAAAUAUCCUUUAACCUCAGAAAAAGCAAUGAAAAAAAUCGAAGAAAUAAACACCCUUGUUUUUAUUUGUGACAAACGGGCUGACAAAAGAAAAAUAAAAAAAUCUGUUAAAUCCUUGUUCGAUAUUAAAUGUGCUAAAGUCAAUGUUCUUAAUAGGCUAAAUGGAGAUAAAAAGGCAUAUGUUCGAUUAUCCAAAGAUCAUGAUGCAUUAGAAGUAGCAAACAAAAUAGGAAUAUUAUAA